GCAAACAGUUUGCUAAGUUAGGCAACCUAAGGACCCUAUGUCUCUCUAAUAUCAAAUACUUCCGACAGAGGGGUACUGUCGACGCUGCAAUCCUGCAGGGUUUGUCUCAGCUUGACACCCUUAAACUAGCUUCCAACAACCUGACCCAGGUGCCAUCCUUAGCGUUACAUCACGUCCCGCAAAUGUCAGAAACGCUGGACCUUUCCGACAACCAGAUCACUUCCCUUCAUCCCGGAGACUUCACUAACCUGUCCGAUUUGUAUAUUCUAGUCUUGAAGGGAAACAACAUAACCUCCCUCUCCCCGGACGCCCUCAAACCUCUGAAGCAUCUAUUUUCCAUUGAUCUAUCCCACAACCCGAUCGUCUACCUCGGCCCCGAUGCCUUCAAAUGGCAAAGUCAGAGCAUGUACGAGGUGAUGCUGAAAGGUACCAAACUGCGGUUGAUAGACGGAGAGGCCUUUAACUCGUCCACUGGAGUGAAGUCGCUGUGGUUUGAGAAUAACGACAUGCGGUACCUGCCGUGGAACGUCUUCGACCCACUGACGUACUAUGGAGACCCACAGGAGGCCCUGAACCUGGAGUCGAACCCGUGGCGCUGUGACUGCCAGAUGUACGAGUACGCGCGAUGGCAGCAGUCUCCACAGGGUCUCGUCGCUGGAGCACUGACGUGUCAGGACCCGCCCGAACUACGAAACAAGACUUUGCGCGAGAUACCGCUCGAACAGUUCAAGUGCAACUGUUCACAUUUCUCCACGCCGAGCAUCGACACGAGCGGAAGUGACGUCAACACCACAUCCGGUCACAGCGCCGUCUUGAAGUGCAACGUCACGGCCUGUCCGGAAGCCGUGAUUCUGUGGUCAACCCCGAGGGGAAUAACACUCGCCGACAAUUCACCACAUCCCGGCCUCGAAGUUCUGGACGAUGGAACUCUUAUCAUCGUAGAGACUGGUCCCGACGACACGGGCACGUAUUCCUGCAUGGCCGCCAACUACCUGGGCCAGGCCACGGCGUUCCUCCAGCUGAAAGUCAUCCCAAGCCCCGGUCUUGCCGAAGAAAACGUCGAUGAGACCACGGAUAGUUAUGUGUAGAACACAUGCGUCAUUACUAGUUAUGCCCCCUUUCCACUAGGACCGCGCUCUCACCGCGCUCUCUCUGCGACCUAAAAUUUGACAUAUCGCUCAACGAAUUGUAUGGAAAGGAAACGAAUCUUGGUACACUUUGUGCCUUUUGUUGUCUUCUCAAUCACACUUUUACGUUUUGUAUGGUAGCUAUAGGUCGCAGUGAGAGCGCAGCACGAUCGCGGUCCUAGAGGAAAGGAGGCCUUACAAAGGGGAGUCAAAACGUAAUGCAAGCUGUUUUAUAACAAGAACAUUUUUAUCGAAUGAGAUGAAAUUUGGCACAGGUUGAGGUAAAUGCACAGUAACACAUCUUCUUGGGACUGAAAUCUCGAUUUGUUGUUCAGAUUGUUAUGAGCCACUGAGUUGAUUUUAAAAUGAUCUAACCCCUGGAAGUUCUGACUGAAGAUCGGUUCCUCUAGAUAAAACCAACUUACAAUUGGAAUACUUACUGUAGGAAGGUGAAGUCACACCUGUAUAAUAAUAAUAUGUACAUGUAUAAGUCUCAAUAGUUUGCAUGUCAAUUUUGAUCGCUGAGCCCCAAACAGUUCCUUUAUUAGUUGCUGUGUGUGAGGAGGCGAUUGGCUUCAUAGCGAAUACCAGAUUCAUACCUUUGUGCACCACAACAACGAAACAACAAGGUAGUAGUCAAUCAACGCUAGUUCAUAAACAACCCAGCCAAAUAGUUUUACAUGUUGUGGAACAACAUAAUCAACAUCGUCAGUUAUUUUGUGAGCAUUUCGCAGUUAGCGGUGCAUUUCCCCAAAAGGGUAUGUCUAUAGCUUUACGGUAGAUAAAACCCCUGCUAUCCGUUAAGUGUUUGUUGUAAUUGUGAACUCAUGAAGAGACGAUUUAUAGCGGAAACGCGACAUAGCUGGGAUAGGGAGGCAGGUGCCAAAUGCAAACAAAGAAAUGUGCCAUUCAUCACUUAUAGACCCGCAAGUCCAUGGUAUUAUGAAAGAAAACCGAACUAUAUCUAAACCUAGUAAACAGUUCGCUAUAAGAGCGUUUUUGUAUGAUGCACAUUAUCGUCAAAAAUUGUGUAACUUAUCGAUGUGUCCAUCUUUUGUCGGCACCUGUCAAGUGUCAGCUGUAUGUAUGCCAUGCAUGUUUCUUUGUUCAUACCAUGUACUUGCAAUAAGCCUCCGGGCAGGAACUUGCAAAUAAACGUUCUUAACUAUA